GGACAAGGAAUGGAGGGGCGGCAGCAAGGAAGAGGACUGGCCCAGCACGCACAGUGCGCCGCCAGGCUUGGACGAGCACAAGCAGCAGCAAGGCCGGGUCAUCCGCUGGGAGAAGUUCCUGCCGGUGGAGACACUAAGGGCCUCUUUGAUUCGCAGGAUUGUCAAAAUGAAGGAAUAAGAAAAAUUCGGGAAUAGGAUGGCAUGUCCCAUAGUAUCCUACAGAAUUUGAAAGAAUGUUUGAUAGCGCAGGAGAAACAAAGGAAUUCUACAAAGAGGUUUGAGUGGAUGUAAAUUUUCCUCCAAAAUGUAGUACAAAUGGAUCCUAUGAAAAAAUUCCUAAGGAUGUCAAUCCUACGAAUCAAACGAGCAUCACAGAAAAAAUUCCUAAGGGUUCAAAUCCUUCAAAAAUCCUGUGCAAUUCCUUUGAAUCAAAGGAGCCCUAAGGGUCUUGCUGGUGGAGAACGAUGACUGUACCCGACAUGUUGUCCGUGCUCUGCUCCGUAAGUGUGGCUAUGAAGGGAUACUGAGGCUGGAGGUUAUCCUCCUUUUCCAAAAAAAAAAAGAACAAGGGGAUACUGGAAUUGCUUACUGUGGAAAAGGGGGAACUGAAAUUGCUUGUUGUGAAAAAGAGUGCAUCGCGCAUGCUAAAAUAAGAGCAAUGAUUUUGAUGGCACAUCCUAAUUGAUCAUAGCUAAAGACGCCAUGAUGCCGACCUGUAUUUAGAAUAUGAGAUCUUCAUUCAAUUCCCCAGUCAGCAAUUAGUUGAUCUGGCUAUUAGUUUUACUUCAGUGGAAGAAGGUGCCUGAUGGUGAAUGCUCCUGUCUUGGUGCAUCAGUUGAUGGGCAUGGUCAAUCUUGAUCAGUCAGCAUAGUUUUGUUAACUGUUAACAUGGAUGAAUGUAUAAAUGGCCAGGAACUUUGUUAAAAAGAUGCCAAGUUAUCGCUGCUGAGAAUGGAUUGCAUGCAUGGCAAUAUCUUGAAGAUGUGCAAAACCGUAUUGACCUUGUAUUAACUGAGGUCGCCAUGCCUUGUCUAUGUCUACUCAGUAAGAUCACGAGUCACAGUAUUUGCAAGGGCAUUCCUGUGAUCAUGAUGUCUAAGAAUGACUCGAUGAGUACAGUCUUUAGGUGUCUAUCAAAGGGAGCAGUUGACUUCUUAGUGAAGCCGAUACGGAAGAAUGAACUUAAGACCCUUUGGCAGCAUAUAUGGAGGCGAUGCCACAGUUCCAGUGGAAGUGAAAGUGGCAUCCAUACACAAAAAUGUUCCAAGCCGAAGGCUGGUGAUGAAUAUGAGAACAACAGUGGCGGCAGUCAUGAUGAUGAUGACGAUGACGAUGAUGAUGCUGAUGACGACUUUAGUGUUGGGCCCAAUGCUAGGGAUGGCAGUGAUAAUGGCAGUGGCACUCAGAGUUCAUGGACGAAGCGUGCUGUGGAGAUUGAUAGCCCACAACUUGUGUCUUCUGAUCAUCUAGCAGAUUCACCUGAUAGUACUUGUGCGCAAGUAAUUCACCCCAGAUCAGAGAUAGGCAGCAAUAGGUGGUUGCCGACUGCAAAUAAAAGGAACAUCAAUAAUCAAAAAGAAAAUAAUGAUGACUCCAUGGGGAAAUACUUAGAAAUAGGCGCUCCUAGAAAUUCAAGUCUUGGGUAUCAAUCUUCUCCAAAUGAGAUGUCUGUUAAUCCAACAGAAAAACAGCAUGAGAAUCUCACAUGUCAAAACAAGUCAGUAAACAAAAUAGUCAUCGACAAACCAACUAGUCAAACUGCUGAUUUGAUUAGUUCAAUAGCCAGAAACACAGAAUCGAAACAGACUGCUAGAAUCACUGAUGCACCUGACUGCUCCUCCAAGAUGCCAAACGGGAAUGAAAUGAAAAACGAUUCUCCCAUCAACAUGCCAUCCCAAGAGCUGGGUCUGAAUAUAUCGGAAACAACUAGAUGUGGAACUGAAAUCCAUGAUGAACGAAGUAUUCUGAAAAGAUCAAAUAUCUCAGCAUUCACCAGGUACCAUACUCCCAUGGCUUCCGAUCAAGGUGGGGCAGCAUUUCGGGGAAGCUGUUCACCUCAAGAUAACAGCUCAGAGGCUGUGAAAACGAACUCCACCUGCAAGAUGGAGUCAAAUUCAGAUGCUGCUCAAAUAAAGCAGGGCUCAAAUGGCAGUAGCAACAACAAUGACAUGGGCUCCAGUACCAAGAAUGCCAUCGCAAAGCCUUGUACAGACAGGGAGAGAGUUAUGUCACCAUCACUUGUUAAAUCAAACCAGCAGACUUCAGCAUUCCAUCCGAUGCAGCACCGAGUGUCACCAGCUGACGCAGCACGCAAGGACAAAGCUGCUGAAGAAAUUGCCAAUGCAGUGAAAGUGGGCCACUCAAGUGAGGCACAGCAAAGCUCUGUGCAGCAUCACCAUCAUGCACACUAUUACCGCCAUGUUAUGGCACAGCAACAGACAUUAAUUGACCGUGCAUCAAACGCCCGGUGUGGUUCAUCCAAUGCGUCUGAUUUACCCCUGGAAGGUCAUGCUGCCAACUAUGGUGUGAACGGGAGCGUCUCAGGCAGCAAUAAUGGAAGCAAUACGCAAAACGGAAGUAGCUCCGCUCCCAAUAUUGCAAGGCCAAACCUGGACAGUGGUACCAUGGACAAAACUGAGGCUGGCGGUGGCAACGGUAGUGGGAGCGGGCCGAGCGGUAGUGGCAAUGACAUGGUAUGUCAGAAUCAGCUCAGCCAACGAGAAGCUGCAGUGAACAAAUUCAGGCAGAAGCGGAAAGAGAGGAACUUCGGGAAAAAGGUGCGGUACCAAAGCAGGAAGAGACUUGCCGAGCAGCAGCCACGUGUCCGUGGGCAAUUCGUCCGACAGUCUGGACAAGAAGAUGACGCAGGCCAAGCAGCAGACAGAUGACACGACCCUCCCUUCUGUAGCGAAUGUUACUACAUACGUACAUAGGUUAUUGACUCUCACAUUAGAGUGCUCAACAAAUAAAGACCCACCCGUAUGAUUAUUGUCCCUGGCCGGCUGACUCCAGAUAAAAAAUUGUAAUAUCUAAUCUAUGUGGCCGUCCGUCGUAGUAAGCACCAUGCAUGUUACCCCUCGUUAUGGUUUGCGAUCUUCAGUUCUCUUGGAGAGAUAGAUAUGCUUAGUCUUACUCAAGAAGAGUCUUAAGAAGGAGCAAGCCAGUAGCCAAGUUGUCACUCAUAUCUAUCUAUAUACAUAAUGCAUGUUAAAUCA